AUGUUUUUGUUUCUCUAAUUCUAUAUUGUCUCUUCCAUGUAUCCAGUUUCCUACAAAGACGAACGCCCCUACCUGACCUUGGACUCAGACUUCCAGGUUCAACUGAAAUUGGAUGAAGUUUUAUCCGAAUUCUUGCAAAGACACUCCCAAAAUGAUAGAUGUCCCGACAUUGAAGUGCACGAAUGCUACGAAGAAGUAUACCAGAACGGGUAAAAAACUAAAGUCAAACUCGAGAAGGAGAACUUCUAUCUGUAAGACAUCAAAUCAGACGAAAAGAUCGAGUAAACCAUCAUUUACUCUGACUAACAAUUAGAAGAAGUCCAGAAUGCAAUUAGUUUCCUUGCUCUGGCUCCAUUUCAGAACCACCAAAACACCUUUUAUCAGAACGGAUUUAGUUUGUGUCUCUCUCAGACUGAAGGAUAUAUUGUGACAGAUUUCAAUUCAAUAUCUCAGAACUAUUAACCCUUAAAUACUGAAGGCAUCUCUACUAGAUUGAAGGAAGAGUAGUACACAGCCUAUAGUCUUCAUCUUCAAAAUAUGGAAAUUGCUUUCAAAGUUUAUGAUAUUGCUUCAUUUCCAGUCUAUAUUGUUUCAGAAGAUGUGAUUUCACUACCAAAACAAAUCUUCCCUAAAAAGUACUUUGAAUCCAAAGGUUUCACCCUUGAUUCCAAUGGGUUCUAUUUUAGAGAUCGCAAAGACAGAGGAGAUGACUUGGAUUCCCUACUAUUUUAUAAUAAUGCCAACCAAGACAAUCCCUUGAUUGUUGAUCCCACCAACUAUGUCCUCAAUUAUGAAAAUGGAUAAGACGUAUUAAAAAUCUACACGGAAGAACGAUAUGAGGAUGCCAUCAUAUUGGGAUUGCCAUUCUUGAAAAAUAAGAUCUUCAAUGUUCAAACUGAAGAAAAUUACGUGUUUGUCCAAUAGCUCAAGACAAAUCUAUGCAUACAAGAUGAACAACAUUCCAUCAGUGUUUUAGAAAUAAUAUUUAUUGUGCUCCAGGUGAUCCUUCUACCAUUUUUAGUUUACUUUACAUUCAAAAAAUUGAGAAAGAAUGAACAAUAGAGACAAUAACAAUAAAGGUUGGCUCAAUAGUUCAUAACUGAGUUGCAAUGA